AUGGCCCCCCUGAUGCGGCACAUGCGACUCGGAGACUUGUUGUCCUUUAUAGGGCUCGCGUCGCUCACCUUUGCGUCGCCCCUGACCAAGCGGGCGAUCCAGUACUCGCCAAACCCUGAAAAGGCCGAGGCAGUCAAGGCUGCCUUCCGCAGGAGUUGGGAUGGCUACAUGCAACAUGCUUUUCCACACGACACGUUGAGGCCGGUCUCUCAAGGCUGGGCUGAUGACAGGAAUGGUUGGGGUGCCAGUGCGGUGGAUGCCUUUGGCACGGCCAUUGUCAUGGACGAGGAGGCGAUUGUUCAGCAGAUCUUGGACUUUGUACCCACUAUCGACUUUGACAAGACUUCAACAGAAGUUUCUCUGUUUGAGACGACGAUCCGCUAUCUUGGAGGUCUGGUCUCAGCAUACGACCUCCUGACGGAGCCCAAUGGCAAGCACGCAACGGGCAACGAGACCUUGGUCAAGGCGGUGCUCUCACAGGCAGAGCGACUGGCGACCAACCUCAAGUUCGCCUUCGACACGCCCUCCGGCAUCCCCGACAACUCGGUCUACUUCAACCCGUCAAGGAGGGGCGGGUCGCAAACCAACGGGAUCGCAACCAUCGGCACCCUGCAGCUCGAAUGGACACGGCUGGGUGAUCUGACAGGCAACCCCGUAUUUACAGAGCUGGCGCUGAAGGCCAACUCGUAUCUUCUCGACCCGAAACCGGCACUCGGCGAGCCAUUCCCCGGCCUCCUCGGGACCAACGUCAACAUCACGACGGGCCUGUUUACUGAUGGUAACGGCGGAUGGGGCGGUGGCACUGACAGCUUUUACGAGUACCUCAUCAAGAUGUACCUGUACGAUCCCGAACGCUUUGGUCAGUACAGAGACCGGUGGGUGCUGGCUGCCGACUCGAGUAUCAAGUACAUGGCGUCACACCCAUCUACACGCCCUGACUUGACGUUCCUGGCUGAGUGGAGGGAUACUUCUUUACGUUACAUCUCGCAGCAUCUUGCGUGUUUCGAUGGUGGCAACUUCAUCCUGGGAGGCUUGACGCUCCAGAACCAGAAGUACGUCGACUUUGGCCUCGCACUCACCAACGCCUGCCACGAGACAUACAUCCAGACGGUUACAGGGAUCGGCCCCGAGGUCUUCCGCUGGCAGGACGCAUCCGCCGCCAACAGCAGCACAAACCCGCCAGCCCCAGCAGGGCUCCAGGAGUUUUACAAGCGUGCAGGCUUCUGGAUCCCACCUUCCAACGACAUCGGCGGCGCGGCGAUCUACCAGCUGCGGCCCGAGGUGAUUGAAUCCUUCUACUACGCGUACCGGGCCACGGGCGACACAAAGUACCAGGACUGGGCCUGGGAGGCCUUUCUCAGCAUCAACCGCACCUGCGCCGCCGGCACGGCAUACUCGUCCAUCAGUGACGUCAACGCACCUGGCGGCGGUAGCUCCUUGGACUUCCAGGAGAGCUUCUGGUUCGCCGAGACCAUGAAGUACUCAUACCUCAUCCACGCCGAGGACGCGCCGUGGCAGGUCAAGGCCGACCGUACCAACGGAUGGGUGUUCAACACAGAGGCGCACCCUAUCAAGGUCCACGGACGACCGGGUUAA